AUGGAAGAAUGUCUAAAUCAGAGCCUUCCAGGUCAGUUUGCAUAUAAUGGGCAGGGGGGCCAAGGCAGAAAGAGUCAUGGAAAAGCUGCUUUCCAGAAAUCAUACCUCGUCAUACAUCAGAAAAUUCACACAGAGGUUAAACCUCAUAAAUGUGAUGACUGUGGAAAAGCCUUUGGCCACAAAUCAGACCUCAUCAAACAUCAGAGAAUUCACACAGGGGAGAAACCUUAUGAAUGUAAUGACUGUGGAAAAGGCUUUGCAGCUAAGUCAGACCUCAUCAAAUGUCAGAGAAUUCACACAGGGGAGAAACCUUAUGAAUGUAGUGACUGUGGAAAAGCCUUUGGCCAUAAAUCACAGCUCACCAAACACCAGAGAAUUCACACAGGUGAGAAACCUUAUGAAUGUAAUGAUUGUGGAAAAGCCUUUGGCCAGAAGUCACAACUCACCGAUCGUCAGAGAAUUCACACAGGGGAGAAACCUUAUGAAUGUAAUGACUGUGGAAAAGCCUUUGGCCACAAGUCAGACCUUAUCAAACAUCACAGAAUUCACACAGGUGAGAAACCUUAUGAAUGUAAUGAAUGUGGAAAAGCCUUUGUCCAAAAGUCACAACUCAUUAAUCAUCAGAGAAUUCACACAGGGGAGAAACCUUAUGAAUGUAGUGACUGUGGAAAAGCCUUUGCAGCUAAGUCGGACCUCAUGAAACAUCAUAGAAUUCACACAGGGGAGAAACCUUAUGAAUGUAAGGAUUGUGGAAAAGCCUUUGGCCAGAAAUCAAACCUCAGACCUCAUCAGAGAAUUCACAUAGAGGAGUAUCCUUAUGAAUGUAAUGACUGUAAUGACUGAAUUACAAUUCAUAUGGUAGCCAGGGCUAAACCAGGUCAAAGCCUGAAGUCAGGAACUCAAGCUAGUUCUCCCACAUAGGUGGUAGGCAUCCAGUCACUUGAGCCAUAAUCUGAUGAAUCGCAGAGUAUCAGGAUGGUGAAUUUGAUUGCUGCAAUAGAAUCCAACCACGGCUACUGCAAUACGGAAUAUGGUGCUCGGCCCCAGUUGCUGUACCGUGGGAUGGGACAACUGGCGCCCAACGUGGGGCUCAAGUGUGGCCAUUGGGGUUCGAGUGCCUGUAAGAUUGGAGGAAUGCCACUUUCCAGGAGAAAAACUUGGAUCCAAGUGAUUGUGCGACCGGCUCGGAACUGCCCACCCAAGAUCAUUAGCAUCGGUCGACACUGCAGAGUGAAGAUGGUGCAAGGUAAGUGAUGGCCAUGGAACAGGCAUUAUCGUCACAGGAAAUGUUCAUUUCAGGUCUCAGGGAGGCUCUCAAGACACAAGGAGUUCGGGUUAAAAAUAAGGAUCUAAAGGCAUUUUUUGAGUAUGUGAAAAAUUUAUGUCCCUGGUUCCCCAGGAAAGGAACAAUUGAUGAGGUCAAGUGGCAAAGAGUUGGAAAUUGUUUAAAGGAUUUUCAUGAUUUCAGUUGAAGUAAAUGUUACCUUUGUAAAGUUAAUAUUACUAUGUGAAAUGAGGAAUUGUGGUUACAAAGUGUCCGGACUACCCAUUCUGUUUUUGUGUUAUGUACUAACUCUACCCUUAUUAUUGAUAGGAAUGCUCUGGCAGAGUAUGCUUGGUUUGCUUUACCAAAGAAAUGUAAACCCAAAUAUGCCACAAAUGGUUAAGAUUCCACAAACCUGCAAGAAUGUAACAAUUACGGUACUGUUUUUUAUGUCCCUGACAUGGGUGCCCAAGAAGCUAAUUCCCCCUCAGAUAUGUUUCAAUUUAUCUUUAAAACACCUUAAAUAUUAUUGUGUUUGAUUUCUGAAUGUAAACUUGUAUGAGAAAUUUGCAUUGUAUUCUUAUGAUGACGUGUUAAGUAUUCCUACACCUUGAUGCAACCUUAGGGCCAAAUGUAAGGACAGAUUUUUAAAAUGAAGAGGCUUGUAUCUAGGUUUGGCUCUGAUGAACAAGCAACGUGUC